AUGCUGCCCAAAUUCUUGCAGAGUAGCUAUGCCCGCUACAAAGCAGACACCAACACAUCUGUAACAUGGUUACUCGAAACAGCUAAUCGGUGUGGCUAUCACCCACCAACCCUCUCUGCUACGCCUCCCACUACGAAAUCAAAGGAAAAAUUCAAUAGCAAGAGCGAUGACUCUGAUUUAGAACCUCUUCAAUCCACCGCGACCACCAAAGAUCUACAAAAGUUCGCCGAGAUAGUUGCGGGCUCAGCUCUUCCAGUACCGAAAUCGAUCCUUACCCUUGCAAAACGCGCCAUCAAGCUGAGAAAAGAGGUCACUUCCUGGUUCUUGGGCAAGGGGGACUCCGCGAACAAUGAGAGCCAUGCUCAUUUCAUUACUGCGCUGGAGGAAAUCUGCGAUAUUCUGGAGUGGAAGACCCACUGGCCCUCGAAGCCAGAUGCCAAGCAGCCACCACCGACUUCACCAUCCCAAACUGAUGACAUCAAAACUGAUUGGAAUACAAACAAAUUUGCGGUCCUCACAGUUGAAGAACCCCAAGAGACUGCGCAAACUCAAUUGAAAAGCGAAGAAUUGAAGAAAAUUGUCCAGGUCACUGUUAACGAAGAGGACGACGAGAAGGCAGCAGACGCGGAUCUUGACUUACAUGAUAUGCGAAACUUCAUUUCUUUCACUUUAUCAGAGUAUCGAGACAAGAAAGUCGACCUCAUGAGCGCCGAGAUCGUGACUGACAGUGCUUUGCAACUCGCCCGAGAUCUUGUGGAGGAAGUGGAAGCUGACUGGCGCACUUCCUUAUCAGGGCAAGGGGAUGACGUGCAGAAUCUUGUCUUCAAUCUUUCCGUUUUGUCCCGGGGUGGAUCUGCGGUACCUUCCUUAGAUAUUGGCCUGCCAUACAACAAAAACAUGGCUGAUAUAGCUGACUGGUGUUACGUUCCCACCAAAGUCUUGCUUGAGUCCUUUGCAAAUGUUCUACAGGCCGAGCACGUGCCAGUCUUCAAGAAAGGUCACUUCGGCACCUAUGAUUCAAAGGCAGAUAGAGGCCGAAUGUCUCCAGGUCAGAAGUUCGAGGAAGACAAACUAAUAAUGUUCUCGUUAUUGCCUGAAUUUUGCAUGGUCCAUACAUUCGAUCUUCAUAUGCCUGCUCAAGACACGAUUACUGGAGGCCUCACCGAGUUUACCAAGACCAAGAAGGUAACCUUGUGGCUUUGUUAUGCCGUUCAGGUCUUCCUCGAUGUUCAUCACAUGAUGCGAUACUCUGUCUUGGGUGCUUUUGAAGACCUCCGCAUGUCGGGACUUCGUAUCCAGAAGACUAUUGAUGACUAUCUGCAACUGUCUAAGACACACCAUCCGCCCGGAUUCUGGCCAAAGGAGGGGCACAAGACAAUUCAGAACAUAAGUUCUGACGUGCAGUCAUGGAUCAUACAAGAUUUUCAUCACGCUAUCCUUUGCGGCUUGUUUCUGUUUAAUCUCAAUUGGUACGAUGUCCAACUGUUGGCCUUUUUGCACAACCUCGUCAUUAACUGUCCCCCACACAAAGACCUGAGAUGGCCCGACAUGGAUGCAUUCAUCAAAAUUCAUGGCGAGUCACACAUAUUCGUCGGAUCGCGACCUAAGAAUGCUAGCACCUCGUCGGCUCCUCAUUUUGCCCGCAAUUCCGGGGAGAACUACCCUUUUCAUAAGCCAGAUGGCAAGAAUGCUCGCUUGCUCAAGCCCACAACCACAGUGGCCGAAUUAUUCUUCGCCCAAUAUGUUCAGCUAGUCCUAGACAAACUUUCGCAAUUCGAAUCAGAUGGAACAGAUCUUCAGAGAUGUAAUCCGAAGCUUAUUCUUACCAGACAGUGGUCUAGUACCCACAGAAUCGGCACACUGCAACUUCUCGCCUUCCUGAGAAUCAAGCUAUAUGAAGAGGAGCCAGUUAUUUUAUACAACUACUUCGGUAUGCAUAGACGGUCCAUCGAGCUUCUCCGUCUAAUUCGACACAAAGAGCAUCAGAAAUUUUCGUGCAUACCCUACAUUGUCGUUCUUAUCCAUCAUGUUGCGCGGGGCUCCGCACAGAUUUUGCGUGAAAUGGGGCUUUGUCCACCAGGAGCUAAGACGUGGAGCCGUAUUGUUGUGAGCGCUGGCGACGUCAUGCGGGAAUACUUGAAGAAGAAUGGUGAAGUGGCCUGUAAAGAGUUGAGGACCAGCGAAUCGCCUGGGCCAAAGUACUAUGGGUUUGGUCUGGAAGACAUGCUGGGCCCCAAGGGAAUGGCCUCGCUCAUGACUGGGAUCCCAGUGGCCGAUUAG